CUUUUUUUCCUUUUGCGGAAUGUAAUUUUAUUUUCUCUCUUCUGUUUGGUUGUGGAGAAAAAAAAAGGGCAUGUGACGGACUUUUUAGAAAUCUUUUGUUCUCUGGUUUUCUUUCCUUAUUUUCAAAAAAAAAGUUGUUGAUUUUGAUUUUGAUUGGUUGCUAUUGUUUAUUCCCCUCCGAAAAUUUAUCAGUCUCUAAACGAUUAUUGAUGAUCUAAUUUGAUAUCUGUGCAACGAGAUGAAACGUAUUAACAGUGAGCUUUACCUUUUGGGGGUACUGAGGAAGCCGUUUAGAAUGAAACGAGUUAUUUGGAUUUGAAAUUGAAGAAUUUGUAGUAGAUUUGUGUGGAUAUUGUGAUGUUUGGUGAGAGAGAAAGCUAGCAUUAGGUUCCUUUUAAGCUCCAAGUAGGAGAAAAGAAGGGAAAAUUUUCUUCUCUUUGACAAUGUUCUCUUCAUCCUGUUCCAUAUAUUUAUAUUGCAUUUCUUUGGUAUUGACGAUGAGGGUGUUCUCAAUUUCUCGGGGCAUUGAAGAAGACAUUUAGAAUGAAAAAUGAGUUAUUUAGAAUUGAAAUUGAGAAUGUUUAUUAGAUUUGAGGAAAAUGGUGGAAGGGAAGAAAGAGGUUAAAGGAGAUGGUUCUAUGCCGUUUGGUACUUUUAUGUCCCUGGAUAAUGUGAUGUCUUGUGAGAGAGAAAGUUAAGAAACUUCAGUUUUCUGCAGAAAACAAUUGGCUUCUAUCACUCUGUGGGUGUAGACCAUGGAGCAAGAAAAUAACAAAAAUGAAGGUGACAGUGCUGGAGUAGGUUUGGCACUAUCACAAGCAUCUGAAAAGAGAAGCUCAAAUUUAUCAAAGGCCAAAUCUGACAUUGCAAAGUCGAUGGCCAGGAAUUUCUUGAAGACAAGAGAAGCCACUCAUACUUCUGAGGAUUGGAGGAGAAAUCGAAAGAAAAAAAAUAAGAGUUUAUCAGAAGGUAGUAAAGCAACUGAAAAUGAUGCUAAGAAGCAAAAUUCAAGGGAAGAAAACCCACAAAAGGAUGCUACCACCAGUAUGGUGCAUGUAGAGAAUAGCCGGCAGAUCGAAAAGAAUGAAGAAAAUACAUAUGGGUCAGGUGGCAAGGAAAAGAGUAGUAAGUCAAGUCAAAGUUCCAGAAAGCGAAGAAGGGGAGGGGGGCCUGGUCUUUUGAAUAAGAACUGGAAGAAUGAAGAGAAGCUGAGAGGUAACAAAAGGAGAAAAUGGAAUGAGCAGAUGGAAAAGCGCAGGAUUUCAGAGAAUAAUAACAAGAAUAAAGAAAAAAAUGAUGGUAAGGGAAAGAAACAAGAAAAUAAGAUGAAAGAAAGGAUUGAUGGUCUAAUAUUUCUGUGCAAUGCAAAGACCAAGCCCGAUUGUUUCCGGUACCGUGUAAUGGGGGUAUCAAAUGGUAAAAAAGAUCUUGUGUUGGGUAUCAGACGAGGGCUUAAGCUUUUUCUAUAUGAUUAUGACCUCAAACUUAUGUAUGGGGUUUAUAAAGCAUCCGCUUUUGGUGGCAUGAAACUUGAGCCCGAGGCUUUUGGUGGGGCUUUCCCUGCUCAGGUGCGGUUCAGCGUCCAUGCUGAUUGUUUUCCUCUGGCAGAAAGCAUAUUCAAGAAGGCAAUCAAGGAAAAUUAUAAUAAAAAUAACAAAUUCAAAACUGAACUUACUGCUAGACAAGUUCGGAAACUCACUAAAUUGUUCCAACCUGUUGCAGUUCAUUCAACUGCACUGCCUGUCCACUCUCCUCCAUCAAGGGCAGCAGCUCGAAUCCGUGAACACCCAAAUAGGGAAGCUCAUGAUAGACCAAGGGAAGCAAGGCCCCCUUCAGACAGAGAAGCAUCUGCUAGAGAUCCUUAUGCCAAUAUCAGUGGCAGAAGUUAUCGUGUUUUAUCUCACGAAAGGGAUCAACAAAUUACGUAUGGAGAGUUAGCAUCUGCUCGGAGGGAGGACAUUCAUCGUGAUUUAUACCUUAAUGAGAAUGAUUAUGGGGCUUAUGGUUUUCAGGGAGAGAGAAGAAACUCGAGAUUUCAGCCUCAUAUGGCUCCUAGAUUAGGAUCUUACCAUAGAGAUUAUAAUGAGCAGCCUCUAUGUCAACCAGAGAUGGCAUACAGGGAAUCUGUGCCAAUUCAGAGAAAUAUAAUUCCCUCUGAUCCUCUUUACUUGCCUCAGAGAGAGUAUCGGUCUUAUGAUUUGGGAGCUACACAAGCAAUGCAAUCAACCCUUACUGCAGCAACUGCAAAUACAUCUGUAGCUGCUGCUUCUACCUUGGAUUCCUAUGCUACAGAUCCAUACUAUAGUCAAUACUAUGGUGGUUCAAUAGACUCAUACCUGCCACGUUCAGGUGGAGAGACACACCUAAUAGAGAGUGAUCAUUUGAGGAGAGAAAACAACCAAGUGGAUAGAUCGUAUUUAACAUAUGCUUCCGAUGCUUUAGCCGAUUACAACCAGAUGCAACGACAUCAUGAUAUUAAGCCUGUGCCUGCGUCUACUUCAGUUUCAUACCGCUACUCUUUUACAGGUGCAUCUUUUUCAUAUCUGUGAGAGCCGGAGUUUGAGUAUCUGCGCCCCUUAUCCCUAACUUGGAGACGGUCAUGAAUUUCAGUUCGUGACUUAUUUUAGGCUGUUAUUUGCAUGCAGCCUGUUGAAUUUAAACAGGCAUCUGUGAUAAAUAGUUUAUCAUGAAUGUUUAGCAGAGAGCAUUUUGCAAACCUAUCGUUCCGAGGACUGUCUGUCUGCUCAGCUCUUUGCUAAUACAUUCUUUUAGCCAAAGUUGUAUUUUGGUAUGCUGGAUGGGUUAAGAUUCGCAACCUAUGUUAUUUCCAACUUUUCAAAAUGUUAACAUAAUAAUUCGAGUUGUUUUUUUUUGGGCUAGGAAAA